AGUGCUUGUUGGGUUUUUGUUUUUGCUUUUGUUUUUUUUUUUUGUUGUUGUUUUUGGCUUAUUUCUUUGCUACGAACGUGAUGUAAUUUCGGCUCGCGCUGAUAAGCCGCAAGUCAGUUGAACGGCGACUGCUGUGCCAGUAGCAACGCCAAAUUACAAACUUUAAUUUUGAUUUUUGGUUACAUAAAACAAACACACACUAAGACACACACGCACACACACGGUUUCCUGCAUUUCUUUUUGGAGAUUUAUUUUAGGUUGUGACGUCUUCGUCGCUGCUUCUGCUGGCCCGGACCCGGCCGCAUCGUAACACUCGCCUUUCCACAAGCACAAUGAACCAAUGCCAACGCCAGCUAACAACAACAACAGCAACACCUGCCUCAGUUGUUGUUCCCACGAAGAAAUCGCCACAUCUGUUUACUCUCAAAAAGAAGAGCAUGUCGAGCAAGUGUCCAGAGGAUUCAUCGGAUAAGAAGGAUGAGGAGCAUCCCCAGGAGCAUCCUAAGGAGCAUCCCCAGCAUCAUUCCAAAUCGUUGCCCUUGGAGGUUAGACAACGCAUCGAGGAGCGUCAACGACAGGCCUUCGAGUUCUUCUCACAGACCCUGCAAAUCUAUGGCGUGGAGGAGCUCAUCUUUUGCUUUAACGGCGGCAAGGAUUGCACUGUUCUCCUGGAUCUGUUGAUGAGGUAUCUCCGCCAGGAGGGCAUCUCUAGUGGUGACAUUCCCAUGCUGUACAUCAAGUCCGGUGAUUCGUUUGUGGAAAUUGAUGAUUUUGUGGAACGCUGCGUGACCAGCUACCGGGUGAAGUUGGUGGAGUACGAAGGAUCGCUGAAGGAGGCGCUCACCCAUAUGGCGGCGGAUAUGCCGCGGAUCAAGGCGGUGUUUGUGGGCAGCAGGAAUACGGAUCCAUAUUGUGAAAAUCUGGCGCCCAUGCAGCCCACGGACAACGACUGGCCACCGAUGAUGCGUCUGAAUCCGCUCUUGGAGUGGAGCUACCACGACGUCUGGCACUAUAUUCAUCUGAACGAUGUACCCUACUGCAGCCUGUACGAUAAGGGCUAUACCUCCGUGGGCAAUCGCUCCAACACGAUUCCCAAUCCUCAUCUGCGACGUGAUGAUAACUGUGAUUGCAACACCGUCGUCAGCGACUGUGAUUUGGUUGAAACGGUCGGCUAUAGGCCCGCCUGGGAACUGGAGGAUCCCACCCUAGAGCGUGCCGGUCGCCUGCCCAGGAAAUAGUAGAGUGUCUGUGAAAUCUCCUCCAGAAAAAAAAAAAAAAAAAAAAACACUAAUAGAAACCCCCCUGUGCCUGUCGCGUGGCUGUAGCGCAAUUGUUUGUAUAGCUUAAAUUCUAGUUAGUCACAAAUUUUGUAUAUAUACGUACUAAAUAGAAGGUUUUUUAUAAAUAUAACGAUGACUUGAUGGAAAAAAGUGCUUAAAUUCGUGGGAAACCAAGAUGUAAUUUCGUUAUUCCUCACUCUGUACUUAAGUGCGCUUUAAUUUAACUAAAUUAACUGAUAAUUUCAUCAUUCAUAUGUAAAAUUAACGUAUCCCAAAUAUGAAACUAUUGUGGUGUUAUCUAUCGGAAUAUAAAUUCAUUACUGAAA